AGCUAAAAUUGCUUCGCUUUCGACUUCACGAGAGCUGCUUGCCGCUCGAGUUCAAUCGCAAGCAGCAACAUCCCCUCCCGGCGAUGCCUCGGUAGCGUCGAAGGAAUCAUGCAGUGCUACUCGGAGCUGACGCCACCGACGGCCGUCUCCCAUUCUGUGGUCUUGCCCUUCCUCACACCCCAGAGCAACAACCUCGUCGUCGCAAAAGCCUCCCUCCUCCAGAUCUUCAGCACAAAGAACGUCUCGGCCGAGUUCGACAAUACGCACGACGCACAGACACAGACCGCGAGCCGGUACAAUGCGCCAUACGACAGCCGACUGACCGACGAUGACGGUCUCGAGACCUCUUUCCUCGGUGGCGACUCGAUGACAGUGCGCGCCGACCGGUCAUCAUACACAAAACUGGUUUUGGUGGCCGAAUACCCAUUGACGGGUACCGUGACGGGCCUUGCACGGAUCAAGACACAGAAGUCCAAGUCGGGUGGAGAGGCGCUGCUGAUAUCUUUCAGAGACGCGAAACUCAGCAUGGUGGGGUGGGAUCCGGAAAAAUACUCCCUCUACACCACCUCGAUUCACUAUUACGAGCAAGACGACCUCCAGGGCAGCCCGUGGGAGGCGCCACUGAGCAACUAUGCCAGUAUCCUCACGGCGGACCCGAGCAGCCGCUGUGCUGCUCUCAAGUUCGGCCCCCGCAAGCUCGCCAUCAUCCAGUUCGCGACGGCGGAUGAGGACAUUGAGAUGGACGACUGGGAUGAAGAAUUGGAUGGGCCACGACCGGUCAAGGAGCAGGCCACAGCCACUGCGAAUGGAGCUAGCAAUACUCAAGAGACACCAGUUUCGAAUUCGUUUGUCUUGCGCUUCCCAAAUCUUGACCCGAGCCUCAUUCAUCCUGUGCAUCUCACUUUCCUCCAUGAGUACCGCGAGCCCACCUUUGGUAUCUUGUUCUCUACCAUGGCCCCAUCGGCCGUGCUAGGUCGCAAAGACCAUCUCAUCUACAUGGUAUUCACCUUGGAUCUCCAGCAAAAGGCCUCCACUACCAUCCUAUCAGUCACCGGUCUGCCACAAGACUUGUUCCGCAUAAUUGCCCUGCCUGCGCCUGUGGGAGGCGCGCUCCUGAUAGGCGCAAAUGAGAUGGUGCAUAUCGACCAAUCUGGCAAGACGCACGGGGUUGGGGUCAACCCGUUCGCCAAGCAAUCCACAUCUUUCAGUCUCAAUGACCAGUCUGAUUUGGACCUGCGCUUAGAGGGCUGCGAACUGGAAAACCUCUCUCCAGAGACGGGGGAACUGCUCAUAGUUCUGGCUGAUGGCCGGCUAGCUUUGCUCAAGUUCGAGAUUGACGGCCGUACAGUUGCUGGGUUCCACGUACAAAUGGUGUCUCCCGAGGCGGGGGCCUCCAUCGUUCAGACAUCAGCGACAACACUCAGCAGAGUCGCAAAGAAUGCCAUGUUCGUAGGCAGCGAAAGUGGAGAUUCAUUGGUGAUCGGCUGGGCACGGAAUCAGCUUCCAGGCGGCAAGAGAAAGGCGCGGGCGAUUCUGGAGGCUGCAGAAGACAUUGAUAUGGACGAUGUGGACUUGGAAGAUCUGGAGGAUGAUGAUGAUCUGUACGGUGAAUCAUCAGCCACUACCAAACAGACGCCUUCCUCAGCUGUGCGUGGAGCGAAGAGUGGGCAACUGCAUUUCCGCGUACACGACCGCCUCGUCAGUAUUGCACCCAUCCGCAACUUCACCGUUGGGCAGACUUCGGUGCCCUCCAGUGAGGUCGAGAAGGCGAAUGUUGAAGGUGUUCGAAGUGACCUCAGCCUUGUUUGUGCUACAGGCCGUGGCGCGUCCGGUGCCGUAUCCAUUAUCAAUCGACAGAUCCAACCAAACGUGAUCGGACGCUUUGACUUCCCAGAGGCCAGAGGAUUUUGGACAGUUUCAGCACACAAGCCCAUGCCGAAGUCGAUGCAGGGAGAGAAGGGCACUGGGAUAGUGGGUGCAGAGGCAGAUGCUGCGGCGCAGCAUGACAAGUACAUGAUUGUGUCAAAGGUCGACCUGGACGGUUACGAGACGUCCGAUGUAUAUGCUUUGACUGGCGCCGGCUUCGAGGCCCUAACCGGAACCGAGUUCGAGCCUGCCGCGGGACUUACUAUCGAGGCUGGAACCAUUGGUCAGCGGCAACGAAUCAUCCAGGUUCUUAAGACUGCGGUCCAUGUGUACGACGGAGACUUUGGCCUAAGUCAGAUUUUGCCAAUGCUCGAUGAGGAGUCGGGGGCUGAGCCCCGCGUGGAGAGCGCAAGCAUCGUUGAUCCAUUCAUCAUGCUCGUUCGCGAGGACGCCUCUGUCUUCAUUGCCGAGAUCGACUCCGACCUAGAGCUGGAAGAACUGGAGAAGGACUCGGGAAGUGUGCUCGCCACGACGAAGUGGGCUACUGGAUGCCUUUAUGACGAUGUCAAGGGUGUCUUCUCAAGUAAACAGCCACAGAGUGGCUUCAAGCCUGGGGAGAACAUUGUCAUGUUUCUCCUGAGCAAAAUCGGCGCUCUAUAUGUUUACUCGCUUCCAGACAUUAGCAAACCCCUAUAUAUCGCCGAAGGCCUCUCGUUCGUCCCGCCAAUUUUGUCGGCCAACUACACAGCCAGGCGAGGCACAGCGAGAGAGAACCUGAAGGAAAUACUGGUGGCAGACGUGGGAGAUUCAACUUAUGUCUCUCCGUACUUGCUGGUUCGGCAAGAGAAUGAGGACAUUACGAUUUAUCAGGCUUUCCGUGUCCCAUCCGAAGACGCAAAGGAGCUGUCUGAUUACCUUCACUUCCAAAAACUGUCAAAUCCUACCUUUGCGAAUGUCACAGAACAACUCGAGGACGAAGAAGACGAUGAGCCAAAGAGGAACCUGCCUAUGCGCAGCUGCCAGGACAUUGCCGGCUACACGACCGUCUUUAUCCCUGGCGAUUCACCGAGGUUUAUCUUGAAGACUGCCAAGUCUGUGCCCAAAGUCAUAGGCCUCCAAGGACGUGGCAUCCGUGGCAUGAGCGCUUUCCACACGGAAGGAUGCGAGCAUGGCUUCAUCUACGCUGACAUGAAGGGUGUCGCACGUGUGGCGCAGAUUCCAAACGGAGACACCACCUAUGCCGACAUUGGCAUGUCUCUGACGAAGCUCUCACUCCAGGCGGACGUGCACUCGAUUGCGCAUCACCCAACGUCUGAGACGUUCGCAGUGGGCUGCGACAUUCCCGAGCCUUUCGAGCUGCCUAAGGAGGACGACUACCACCGAGAAUGGCAGAACGAGAAGGACCUCGUGUUCAAGCCCACGGUACCCAGGGGUGUGAUCAAGCUGCUGAGCACCACGAACUGGUCCGUUAUCGACACCGUGGAGCUCGAGGAGUGCGAGACAGUCAUGUGCAUAGAGACGCUCAACUUGGAGGUCUCCGAGUCGACCCAUGAGCGCAAGAACCUGCUCGUUGUCGGCACGGCCGUGGCCAAGGGCGAGGACCUGCCGAUCAAGGGCCGGGUGAUAGUCUACGAUGUGGUAGAGGUGAUCCCGGAGCCUGGCCGGCCCGAGACGAACCGGCGCCUUAAGCUCGUUGCCAAGGAGGACAUUCCACGCGGCGCUGUGACUGCGCUGUCCGAGAUCGGCACACAGGGUCUCAUGCUCGUGGCUCAAGGGCAGAAGUGCAUGGUGCGUGGCCUCAAGGAGGACGGGUCGCUGCUGCCCGUGGCAUUCAUGGAUAUGAGCUGCUAUGUCACGGCGGUGCGCGAGCUCAAGGGUACGGGCUUGUGCCUGAUGGCCGACGCUGUCAAGGGUGUCUGGUUCACGGGGUACACCGAAGAGCCGUACAAGAUGAUUCUGUUCGGUAAGAGCGCGACGAUACUCGAGGUGCUGACGGUCGACUUCCUGCCUGACGGCGACGAGCUCUUCAUUGUGGCGUGUGAUUCGGACGGUGGUGUCCACGUCCUGCAGUUUGAUCCCGAACAUCCCAAGUCCCUGCAGGGCCAUCUCCUCCUCCACCGCACGACCUUCUCCGCUGGCGCGCACCCGCCCACACGGAGCAGGCUCCUCCCACGCACGCUGCCGGCAACGUCGGACUACCUGCUGCAACUGCAGUCCCAGACCCUCCCGUCCACCAACGGCACCAUCCCGCCGCCGCCGCCGCCAUCAGUCAUCCUCUUCUCGUCCCCGACCGGAGUCCUGUCGACUCUCGCGGCCCUCUCGGAGCCGCAAUACCGCCGCCUGUCAUUCCUCUCGACGCAGCUGGCCUCCUCUCUCCCGCUCUACUGCGGCCUGAACCCCAAGGAGUACCGCAACCCCGCGAACCCUGGAGGGGUGGUGGGCAAAGUGUCCACCCCGGCGGUCGACGCGAGCGUGGGGCGGAGCAUCGUGGAUGUCUCCCCCUCGGGCAUGCUGGGGCGAUGGAAUGAGCUUGGGGCUGGGCGUCGGGCCGAGAUUGCGGGCCGUGUCGGGUUCGGCGGCGGCGUGGACGAGGUCAGGGAGGUGCUGAGAGAGGUUCUGGGCGGUGCUGGGCUGGGGUAUCUCUGAGCGUUGUGAUGUUGUGGAAAAGCGCGCGCGGGGGUUUUAUGGCUACUUUGAAUUUAGAAGUUCCGGGGAAGUGGAUGUUCAUUAUAGACGAUAUUGAGACUUAUCAUUUGUGUCGGGUCAUUCAUUCAUUCUCUUGCUUGUGAUG